CCUAGCUCCAGAACGGCACUUGGAUCUGUUAUCCGUUUCGGGUUUGGUUUCACUCUAGCUUCAUCAUGAUUGCGGGUUACCGAAAGACAUUUCGGGAGAUUUUGGUUCUGGCUUGGUAAAUGGAGGAUUGUUUUAAUCGCUCUCUUGCCCUGAUUAUUUCCCUGCAUAGCUUUUGAAUUCCAAUAUCUUGACAUGCCUCACUUCCACCAUCGACGCCGCCAUACAUGGCCCUACUGUGGCUCACCAGCAAACUCAACUCCGCGAUACUAUACUCCUAUUUUCCAAGGCCCAGUCCAAGUCCCAGUCGCAGUACCAGCAACGCCACAAGCCCCUCAUGCACCUUUGAACUACCACCAAUUCGCAGUCCCCCUGGGCACAACAGACCUCAGCGAUCAAGACGAUGCUGCCUCUGCGGGAAUCGUCCGUCCUAGAUACUCCUUCGCGCAGCGAUUCUGGUUUACCCCAAAGGGUCCCAUCCCUGUGACCAAUGCGACUCUCAAUACCGAUACAACGAGCGCUACGUCUUCACAGCAAGUCGCUCGACCACCUCUGGACAAAGCGCGAUCGCUUUUCGUUCUACCUACGACGAGCACAGUCAGAACUGCUACCGGGGAGAAUACUAUGGUCUCCUACGCGGUACCGUCAAUACCGCUUACCGUAUACCGGCCGACUGUAGCGGUCAAUAAAUCACAGAUGGGAAAUGGUGGAUACGGAUACGGGUAUGGAUAUGGAUACGGGCAUGUACCGGGGGGGAGGAAGCAUCAUCGCAGAUGUCACUCUGAGAGACCGCGGGCGUGGAGAGAGCCGAGUGCGAGUUUGUGGACGCUUACGGAGGAGUGAGAGCUGUUAUAUGGGGUACCAUUUGGAUUUGGAUCUAUAUUCCCAUUUCCAAUAAGGUUUGUACAUUGCCGGAUCAAUCAUCAAUUGAAUUUCAACAAAAACGAGCCCGUUAGGGACCUUGAGUAUAAAAGAGGUUUCCCAGGUACAGGGUUGUGAAUAUAUCUUCAGCUACUGCG